AUGGGGAAACAGAACAGCAAGCUGCGGCCAGAGAUGCUGCAGGACCUCCGGGAGAAUACCGAGUUCUCCGACCACGAGCUGCAGGAGUGGUACAAGGGUUUCUUGAAGGAUUGCCCCAGCGGUACCCUGAACGUGGAGGAGUUCAAGAAAAUCUACGCCAAUUUCUUCCCCUACGGCGACGCCUCCAAGUUCGCGGAGCACGUCUUCCGGACGUUCGACACCAACGCCGACGGGACGAUAGACUUCCGGGAGUUCAUCAUCGCCCUGAGCGUGACGUCACGGGGAAAGCUGGAGCAGAAGCUGAAGUGGGCCUUCAGCAUGUACGACCUGGACGGGAACGGGUACAUCAGCCGCGAUGAGAUGCUGGAGAUUGUACAGGCCAUCUACAAGAUGGUGUCAUCUGUGAUGAAGAUGCCAGAGGACGAAUCCACGCCGGAGAAGAGGACGGAUAAGAUCUUCAGACAAAUGGACCUCAAUAACGACGGCAAACUGUCCCUGGAGGAGUUCAUCAAAGGAGCCAAAAGCGACCCCUCCAUCGUCAGGCUACUCCAGUGCGACCCCAGCUCGGCCUCCCAGUUCUGAACCCUGCUUAUGACCCUAUGACCCCCCCCCCCCCCUCUCCCCCGCCCCCUCUGUUGCUAUUGAAACAGUCACUCAAAUCAGUGCAUGAUGGUUCUCGU